CCUGCUCAAGUGGCCGCGGUGAAUGGUGAGAGAUAAUCCUCCUCGGCUCCACAGCAGACACACAACAGAGCUACCCUGCUGGAUCUGGAUGCGGGCAUCCUUGGAUUCUGCUCUUUUUAACACGGGCCCACAGCACGAAAACUUAACGGAACAACAAUGGUGCACGCCUCGCCGGCUGCUGGUCGUUUAGGGGACCGGGGAUUGUGGUCAAUGUGACAUUCACUGGCACGCUGCUGUUGAGUUGUAUUGUUCUGGUCCUAGACGCAGAGCAGCAGCGAUUCUCCGAGAAGAUGUUGAGCCGAUUCAAGAGUGGCAGCAUCAGGAAUCUUGAGCGGGAAUACAGCUGCACCGUGAGACUGCUGGAUGAUACGGAAUAUACGUGCACCAUUCAGCGGGAUGCAAAGGGAUCGUAUCUGUUUGACAUCAUCUGCCACCAUCUCAACUUGCUGGAGAAAGACUAUUUUGGCAUCAGAUAUGUGGAUCCAGACAAGCAGCGGCAUUGGCUGGAGUGUUCGAAAUCAAUUGCAAAACAAAUUAAAUCUCAGCCUCCCUUCACCAUGUGUCUGAGAGUCAAAUUCUACCCUCCUGAACCUGCUGCGCUAAAGGAGGAAAUCACUCGAUAUCUUGUCUUCAUGCAAAUCAAGAGAGACCUCUACCACGGUCGGCUGCUGUGUAAAACCUCGGACGCGGCCAUGCUGGCUGCCCACAUACUUCAAGCUGAGAUUGGAAAUUACGACCCUGGGAAGCAUCCUGAAGGUUACAGCUCCAAGUUCCAGUUCUUUCCUAAACACUCGGAGAAGCUGGAGCGCCGGAUUGCAGACCUACACAAGACAGAGCUGAUUGGACAAAUACCUGAAACAUCAGAGCGAAAUUUCCUGCAUAAAGCCCAGAUGCUGGAGACAUAUGGCGUUGAUCCACAUCCAUGCAAGGAUGUGUCUGGGAACCCAGCCUUCCUCGCCUUCACGCCGUUUGGCUUCGUGGUGCUUCAGGGAAACAAGAGGGUUCAUUUUCUCAAAUGGCACGAGGUGACCAAACUGAAAUUCGAAGGCAAGACGUUUCACGUUUAUGCAAAUCAGAAGGAGGACCAAAAGAUCAUCUUGACAUACUUUGCGCCCACACCGGAGGCCUGCAAGCAUCUUUGGAAGUGUGGAGUGGAGAACCAAGCUUUCUACAAGCUUGACAAGUCAAGUCAGGUUCGCACGGUGUCCAGCAGCAACCUGUUCUUCAAGGGCAGUCGUUUCCGUUUCAGUGGACGAGUGGCAAAAGAGGUGAUGGAGCAGAGUGCCAAAAUCAAACGCGAACCUCCAGAAAUACACAGGGCUGGCCUGGUGCCCAGCAGAAGUUGUCCAUCCAUCACCCACGGGCCUCGCCUCACCAGUGUACCGCGCACACGUCGGAGAGCCGUGCACAUUUCUAUUAUGGAGGGUCUGGAGUCGUUGCGUGACAGUGCCCACUCCACGCCGGUGCGUUCAGUGUCCCAUGGGGAUUUCAUGCCACGCUCCCGGAGCCAGGCCACAGACGCCAGUGAGAGGACUGCGGUCAUCUCUGACGAGGCGUACAGCCCCUCCGACAGCGUGCUGCCCACCCCGGUGUCCGAGCACAGCGCGGAGCUGUCCGCCUCCCGCCAGACCAACGGGGCGCCCUGCAGCAUCGAGGAGGAGAAGGAGUCGGAGGCAGGCACCCCGCGUGGGGAUGGGGGAGAUUUAGGUGCGGAGGGUAAAUCCGCACAGGAGGGUGCUGGGGGGGACUCGACCCUCAGCGAGGUGGAACAGGUGAAUAAAUUUGUCUUGAGCGUCCUGCGUUUGCUCCUUGUGACCAUCGGACUCCUCUUUGUCUUGCUCCUCCUCCUCAUCAUCCUCACAGAGUCAGACCUUGACAUUGCAUUUUUACGUGAUAUCCGCCAGACCCCCGAAUUUGAGCAGUUCCAUUUCGAAUACUUUUGUCCCCUCAGGCGGUGGUUUGCCUGCAAGCUCCGCUGGGUGGGCGGGUUGCUCAUUAACAAGUGAGGGGAGGUCGUAGAGUUCGUAAGCCCGCUCGGGGUCUGAGGUGACGGUUAGGACUCCGGAGCGAUGAAGGGCAGCCUCGGCCCCAACAUGAACCCUGCUCCUCAUCCUCCUCCUGCAGACACAGCCUCUCACCAGGCAGGAUCUCUCCUCCUCUCCUCCAAUUUGAUUUACCCCCCCCACCACCCAACCACCUCCUCGUUUCGCUUCUUUUCUUCUUCUUUUUUUCUACAAAACCAGAGGACAUGUUUUGCAUUUUUUUUAUUUCAACUCAUUUCAGGUAUUUUAUUUUUUCAAAUAACACAAAGGAAAAAAAUUAAAACUGGAAUCAAAGGACUGGAGAUGUUUAAACAGUUCCUAUCACAAGGACUGGAGAGUUGCAUUAAUUGUUUUAAACGUGUAUUUGCAAGAGAAGGGAAAGAGAUAAACAGCAAUCGAGGAA